CGAGUGAUUUUCUCUUUUUCUUUUGUUCUUUGAUUAAUAUUAAUGGCAGACUGCAGGUUUGUUAGGCUGCUGUCACUUUAAGACAUGCUGCACAUUACGCAGAUCUGCAUCCUAUUUUCCCACAACUCUUUGUGUUCAUUAAUGACUUUAUUUAACUCAUUUAAGACUGUGCUUAGGAGGAUACUUGACAAAAAUGUUACGUUAAUUGUGUUAAAUAUUUUUAACGCGUUAAACUGAAAAAAAUUAAUUGCAUGUGUUAAAGCAUUACAGCACUAAUAUAUAUAAUGAGGUUCAACAGUCCACAGUGAAAAUCUGUCAUUCAAAACUUGGAAAUAAAAAGUAAAACAUUGAAGAAAAUGUUAUAUUCUACACAUGAUUAUCAGCUUUUAAAAUGACUAAAUAUCGUCUUCGCUCUAUCCCUAAUUAGCAUAUGACUAAAGAAAAGAGCUGCGAAAUUUGGGGUUUCUGGGAGAAAAUACAAUAAUUCUAUCCCGUUCCCACUUCAUUUAAUUUCUGGCAAGCUGUUAGAGAUUUUGAGGAAAGGGGGGUUGGUUUAGAGGCUGGCUGUGUGGCGCUCCUGCAGAUGACUGAAUUCUGAUAGGCUGGAGAGUCGUAUCACAUGGAGUUUAGCACGGCUCCUUACAUGGGCUGCCUGGGGGUGAGAGCAACAGCAUGGAGCAGCAUAUGCACUGCUGAGCGCACAAACACAUGCACACACACACACACACACACACACACUCGCACAGAGAGAGUUCACAGACAGUCGCUGGGCAGCUAACAUGCUCUCAUUCAUGGGAGGUAUAAAGCACUGAGUUUUGGAGAUUAAAGCAUCCGAGAGUGUUUCCACUCAUGAGUUGCACUGAAACGAGAGAGAUGUCAGAGAGAUGCAAUAUUUUAAGGACCAUCACGGCAGCUUUAUGCUGUUUCUAUCAGAAGAGCUCCGUUAUUGGAGCCAAGUUUUCAAGGGACAAGUACAUCAUGGAUGGACCACCGGAGAAGCUUCGGAGAGAACUAGAAGAAGAACUGAAACUAAGCAGUGAGGAACCACGGAGCCAUGCCUGGUAUCAUGGAGCCAUCCCUAGACAGGUGGCUGAAAACCUGGUCCAGCGUGAUGGAGACUUUUUGAUCCGAGACUCGCUGUCCAGCCCGGGAAACUAUGUCCUCACCUGCCAGUGGAAGAACACUCCUCAACACUUCAAAAUCAACAAACGAGUAGUAGCCAUGAAUGAGGCCUACUCACGUGUUCAGUACCUGUUUGAGAAGGAGGGAUUUGACAGUGUCCCCGCUUUGGUGCGAUACUAUGUGGGCAACCGGGAGCCGGUGUCUGAGGUUGUCGGAGCGAUUAUCUUUCAGCCAAUCAACAGAGCUCUGCCUCUGAGAUGCCUGGAGGAGAAAUAUGGAGUUGGAUCUAUACGUGUAGAGGCGGGAUACUCAGAGAGAAAGAGCCUGACUUCCAAACGGUUGAGUCUGAAUAUCAUGAACGGACACACCCAGGAUCACACCCUCAGCCGUGGGAACCUCCUCAGCCACAAAGAUAAAUGUGGGAGUCAACCAGCAUGUCUGAACCACGUUCAGGAGAGGAGACGGCCACUGAAGACCCAUCAGUCGGAAAGCUUCCUCCCUAUCGGCUGUAGGCCCCAGGCUCAGGUUCAGCAUAUGGAGCACCAGCCGUGCCCCAAAUCCCCAGUUUUCCGAACAGGAAGUGAGCCAGCUCUGAGCCCCACAGUGCCACGCAGAAUGGCUUUCGACACCCAGCCUGGUGAGGCCAUUCGUGGAUCUGACAGCCAGCUGUGUCCCAAACCGCCCCCUAAACCCAGCAAGGUUCCCACUAUAAGAGUAUCCUGCACCCCGGGCCUGAAAACCCUCGCCCCACCUGUCCCCCCGGUAAAGCCCCACAAACAGCGACCUUCAUCUCAGCAACAGCAGCAGUCAGAAGUAAGCUACUGUGAACUGAGUCCAUGCAGUCCUGCUGAUUGGGAAAAGAUGAAUAGCUCCCAUGCUAACAGCUAUGUGGAGAGGCUAAAGACUGAGGAGGAGUUAAGGAGAAGUGAUAGCAGCAUUAAACUAGAUCGUAGCUCCUACCAUAAUGCCAUUGAGGCCCUAGAACACGACAGUGAGGAAGACAUCGAGGAGGAUGUGGAUAAAGAAGAGGAUGGCAAGAAAGGUUUCCAAAGACCCGUGUUUGAGACUGAAUCAGCAUUCAAACCUGGUGACGUCAACUUCCGGCUUCUACCAGUGGAGAACAAACCAUUGGAGAUGACAGUGCUGAAGAAAGCCAAAGAGCUGCUCGUCAGUCAGGAUCCAAAGACCAUCGCCAAACACAUCCUGCAAGCAGACUGUCAGGUUGCCAGGAUACUGAAUGUUUCUGAGGAGCUGAAAGUUCAAAUGGGCGUGACCUCUGGGCUAGAGCUGGUGACCCUUCCCCAUGGGAGACAGCUGCGGCAGGACCUCAUGGAAAGGCAUAACACCAUGGCAAUUGGAGUUGCUGUGGAUAUCCUGGGGUGUACAGGAAGUCUGGAGGAGAGAGCAGCCACCCUAAACCGGAUCAUUCUGGUCGCUCUAGAGCUGAAAGACUCCAUGGGAGAUCUUUAUGCCUUUUCCUCAAUAAUGAAAGCACUGGACAUGCCUCAGAUUACCAGAUUGGAUCAUACGUGGACUAGCUUGCGGAGGAAAUAUACACAGACUGCCAUUAUUUAUGAGAAAUCUUUGAAACCAUUCUACAAAGGACUCUAUGAAGGAAGUGCUGAAAUCCCACUGAGCAAUGCCAGCGUUCCGCUGCUAAUGCCGCUGCUCACCUUGAUGGAGAGGCCUGCGGUCACCUUUGACGGGAUGGACGUCUGGGAGAACAACGACCAAGGCUGCGAAAUCAUGUUUCGGCAUCUGGAAGGCGCUCGCGCUGUUGCGCGCAAUGCGGACACCUACACCUGCAAUGCACAGCGGAUCCUCCAGGAUUUCCAACCUAAUGAUGACAUGUUGGAGAUCUUGAGGACUGAUUUCCAGUUGCGUCUGCUCUGGGGCAGCAGGGGGGCGGCCGUGGACCAGACUGAGCGAUACGACAAAUUCAAACUCAUCCUCACGGCCCUGUCCAGAAAACUUGAGCCUCCAGUCAAACAUACAGAACUCUGAAAAAUGAGACACUUUAUACAGUAUACUAGACUCUCUGAGUAAGCAGAAACUGUCCGAACCUCUCUGGAGGCAGGUCAAAGGUCGUCUGUACCUAUAAAAAGGUCGUUCUCUAACAGAAUGAGAGCUUCAGAAGACCACGUGCAGCUUGCAAGUUGGAAGCCAUUCAUGAGCACACACGGCACUUCCAUAUGCACCUUCCAGAGGUGUGUUGUGCUCCACAAUUAUGACUGGUGAAAUGGGCAGGUACCAGUUUUGCCUUCAGGAAAAGAAGGAAUGGUACGUAGAAUAUAGCUACUGGCCAAUACAUCAUCCACCCUAAGAAAUAAAAAUAAAGUUGGAGGCAGAGAGAACACUUCAUGAGGUGUAUGUAUGUGGUCAGUAACUUGGCAUAUGAAGUGAUGAAUAAGAGAGCACUGGGAUGAUGGACUACACCUUCAAGACAAAUUUUCAGCGCCAUGAAGGAACAGGAGAUAGUAAAGUUUGUACAAUUUUAGAAACGUCAUAAACCCUUUGGUCAAAGCAGUGUUGAUCUGUUUAAAAAAACCCACAUGGAAAAGAAUGUACAUAAUCAUCAUUAGUGAACGCAUGUGAAGGCUAGUUUGUGUAAUAUAUUGUAUUAAGUAUUAUUGAUCUGUAAAUAGUCACCCAUAAAUGAAAUAUUCUGAAAAAUAUUAAAUAUCUAAUAAAAGAUUAAUUGUUACAGAAA